UCUCUCCAGCAAUCAACUGGAAACAGUCCAAUCGAGCAUGAAUGUCUUGAGUACUGCCCUUCGGUGGGCUGUUGACAUAUCUUCUGCGGAGGCAGAUGAGCGCCGGUGGCCCCAAUCAUGUGCUUCAUUCUUGAGAGACUUUUAGCCUUAUUGAAACAGACGGAUGUGGGAGAGCACAUCCGGAGCCCCAACGACGUCAAGCCGAUUGUGAACAAGCUCAGAGCAGAUGACCGCAGCAGAUGGAAGGAUUGGAUUGGGAAAGGAGUCAAAUGCGGCGAUUGGGCCUCCCUGAUUGUGAACUGUGUGUACCAACCAGCAUUUAAGGACCAGGCUGCCACUCAGGACCAUCAUCAAGGCAUUAGUGCGGAGAUAUCAGGGCUUGCUAGAGCAUACCGUUCACCAUUUAUGGGAGCCGCUCCUCGCGAUUUCAUUGAGCACCUCACCCAGAUCGACAAAAGAGUGGUGGAUGGUUUAUUGCCCAUUUAUUGCAAAUCCAUCUCGGUAGUCCAAAGCUCCGGGACUGGGAAGUCACGAAUGCUCACCGAGGUCGGUGCGAAAGUCUUCACCCUUCCGAUCUGUCUUCGUGACCCAAAUGACCCAGGAUAUCCCUUAUCAGACGAGGCCCCCUUUGUCUACUUCCGCAGGCUCAGGUUCCAAUUUAGCGAGAAUGAUCUAAGCCUCAGCACACUUUCAGGCAUCGCCCAUUUCCUUACUGCUGCUUAUCAAACUAUGUUAUCCAGGCUCCAGGACAUAAAGCAGGAAGUGGGUAAUGAUUGUGAAAAGAUUCGUCAAAUGUGGUACUGGAUGAUGGAGAAGGACAUUUCAAGAAGUUAUCGCAUGAAUUUUUUUCAAGAUGUGGUGGAACGGGCAGGGGAGCUAGAAAAGAUAGGGCCAGGAGGAAGCCCACAACGUGACAGGGCAAAGAAGCAUGUCAAAGAGGCAUUCGAGGACCUCAUGGCGUUCAUUGAAACCCUUACCUCUGACAUAUGCGUGACAUACUUCGAUGAAGCUCAUGAGCUGCAGAUGUGUUUCUGGAUUAUGAUGCAUUUAUUGCAUGCUCAAGACCAAUCGAAGAAAAUGUGGCAUGUUUUUAUAGCAACGAAGUCACCUAUAUCGUAUUCCAGUCCUUCCCCCAGAAAUAUGAUUUCUGCAAGACUCAGGGAGGAAACAUUGCUUCCCUACUUCGCCCUUGACUUUGAUCAGCAAGCUAUUAAGAACACAAAUGCUCCGGGACCCGUCAAAAUGAGUGAUUUUGAAACAAUCGAGCAUCUCGCCCAAUAUGGGCGCCCCUUGUAUGUCCUUUCUUCCAAAACAUGGGGUCGACUCCCUACUCGCCUUUGCAGGUGGCACGCACAGAGCCAUGAGAGUAUUACCGCUGCCAUAAAGCACGCGGCCUCAAAGCUCACCGAAUUCCAUCAUUUUAAGGCAACCGAUCCCAAUCAUGUAUUCGCCGUGCUUUCACAGCGACUUUGCCUCGAUCCUGUUCUAUCGAAUGCCAGGGCGGUUGAGCUAGCCGAUCACAGCGUCGCCCAUCAUAUGAGACUUCUUACAGGCUUCUUGUUUGGCGGUGCGAUAUUUCGCACCGAUUCGCCAUCGGAACCGCUUCUGGCGUUGGGUGCUGCUUUCUUAAUGUAUAAACCCAACAAAGAACCCAACACAUUGGCUGCUAUCCUGGAAACAUUAAACCUCAAGUUGUGCAAGGCAGGCUUGAUAGAAAACGGCUUUAUGGGCGAACUUGCUGCCCGCUUUCUACUCCUCGUUGCACGCGACUAUGCAGCUCCAGCCGAUGAGAUAGGUCCCAAUCUCUUGAAACCCGUUCGGCUGUUAGAAGUCCUUAGGAAACUCUUUGGUGAUCUCCCAUGGGAUGAUAAUAGUGUGGCAGCUGCUUUCGGUGGUACAUAUGUCAAUUUCACACACUGGAUUAUUACAAAAGAUCCCUUACCGGAAAAGCCUUCUCGGAAAUUACUCUCCAACUUGUGGGCCCGGGGAGCUAUACUGCAGUGCUACUUCAACCAAAUCUCGAUCGAUUUCCUAUGCCCCAUUUACUUGGGUUCCGUCUUGCCAGAAGAUAUUUUUGACUCUGACCGGCUUUCGGGACUUGUUGUUCAGGUCAGGUUCAAUGAUGAAGGAGAGGUCAAUGCCCAAAGAGAGAUGGAACCUGCCAGGAUCAUCCGAGAUUCAGAUGACCCUCUCCCUUAUCUUGUCCUUCUGAUGGAGCUCAGCACCACUUCCCAGCACAGAGACUCGUUGGACGCGAUCAACGACAGGAUCAAGAUCAUUCCUCCCGACUAUUGCACGCGUGCCGACUAUGAAAGGUUGACGGGAGAGCAUGAGAAAGCCUUCCAGAAACUUUCCCAACACCAAGUGCAGCAUCCGCAAGACAAAAAAGGGGCGCAAGAACUGAAGGCAGAGGUUGAAAGCAAGCAAUUAGAGAAGGAGCAUUACAACCGCUACGUGAUCACUGCUCGAGCUAACACCUACCCCAUACUUGACGAAGCAGAAAUUGCGUGGGAUUUCAGAAACUUGCUUCAAAUUGUCAAGCCUCAAUUAGCACCUCUAGAUAUUGCGGCCGGACAUAUGCGACCUCUGGAGCACUUGAGGGAUACGGACUGGUUGUUCGAUUAUGCGUAGUAUGGUGAAUUCAUCAUGUUGGGAGCAUGAUGCUACAAUUUUCAGGCUCGUGCCAGCUACUCUAUUUAUUUUGUUUGGUAGAGCUCGAAGGACGUCGCUCGUAUCAAACUGAACAAGAGAAGAAUUACAGCAUGCUUCCUUCCUAUCGCCGACAUUUCUCUGUAGACGGCUUUCCAACACAGAAAUCGACGCAGAAUCGACGCCACAUUGCUGAUGACUUAAUCUAACCACCAAGGUCCCAAAAAUA